AUGAGCACCUUUACUCCAUUAAGGAUCAUUCCAAGAGUGGCAAACUCCUGCAUUCUAAUAAGAACUAAGGCAAGCCCGGUACGACUUUUGCUCUUGAAAAGACAACUCUCGACUCAUCCAGCGAUACUGUAUGGCCCACCUUACAUCAAGAACCCCUUGAUCCAUCUACACAGCCGCAUAAACAACGCUCAUGGAACAACGCGUGCGAAUGCUGUACACUUUAUGGUUACCAAGAGGUCGAUAUCAAGCUUUCCCAAAAUAGUUGCCAAAUUCAUCAGACUACCGAUAUAUGUAGGUGGCGGAAUGGCUGCUGCAGGGAGUUAUAUAGCCUAUAAGAUGGAAGAGGCUAGUUCGUUCACAAAGGAUAAACUGGACCGAAUCAAAGAUUUUAGUAAAUCGAUGAAGGAGAAGUUUAAUGAAAUGUUUCCUGGUAGUAGUUCUCAAAAUGGAAGUAGUGGAAUUGAUGGCAAUGUGCCCACUGCUACAUUAAUUGCUGCCGCAUCAUUAGAUGACGACGAAAGCAAGAAAGAAAAUGAUUCAAAUGACGAUGAUGACGAAGAUGACAAUGAAAAUGAUGCUAUAGAUACCACUCAAGACGAAAUGUUAAACUUGACCAAACAAAUGAUUGAAAUCAGAACUAUUUUAAAUAAAGUAGAUUCUUCUUCUGCACACUUGACCUUACCAUCUAUCGUCGUGAUUGGCUCUCAAUCAUCUGGUAAGUCCUCCGUAUUAGAGUCAAUCGUCGGAAAAGAAUUUCUACCAAAGGGUUCCAACAUGGUCACAAGAAGACCCAUUGAGUUAACUUUGGUAAAUACCCCUAAUUCUAAUAUCGUGACGGCAGAUUUUCCAAGCAUGCGUCUCUACAACAUAAAGGAUUUUAAAGAGGUAAAAAGAAUGCUAAUGGAAUUGAACAUGGCCGUUCCAACCUCAGAAGCCGUUUCUGAAGAUCCUAUUCAGUUAACAAUCAAAUCAUCUCGCGUCCCAGAUUUAUCUUUAGUAGAUUUACCUGGUUACAUUCAAGUGGAGGCCGCUGACCAACCAAUAGAAUUAAAAACCAAAAUUCGCGACUUAUGUGAAAAAUAUUUAGCUGCACCUAAUAUUAUUUUAGCAAUUUCUGCUGCUGACGUUGACUUGGCCAAUAGCUCUGCCUUGAAGGCUUCCAAAGUUGCAGACCCUAAGGGUCUAAGAACGAUAGGUGUCAUUACUAAACUGGAUUUAGUGGACCCCGAAAAAGCCAGRAGUAUCCUAAAUAAUAAGAAAUACCCACUAAGCAUGGGCUACGUUGGUGUGAUUACCAAAACACCAAGCAGUAUGAGCAGAAAACACCUGGGUCUUUUCAGCGAAGGACCUUCUUCAUCAUUGGGCGAUUUAUUCUCCAAAAGACAGCACAAUCAGGACACAGGUGAUCAGAAUGUCAAUGGUAUGAAGCAAAUAGUCUCUCACCAAUUUGAAAAAGUUUAUUUUAGAGAGAACAAGAAAUAUUUUGCCAAUUGUCAAGUUUCCACAAAAAAAUUAAGAGAAAAAUUAAUCAAAAUCCUGGAAAUAUCCAUGUCGAAUGCAUUAGAGCCCACAUCCACACUAAUUCAACAAGAAUUGGAUGACACUUCAUAUUUGUUCAAAGUAGAAUUCAAUGAUAGGCACUUAACUCCUAAAUCAUACCUAUUGAAUAAUAUUGACGUACUAAAAUUAGGGAUUAAAGAAUUUCAGGAAAAAUUUCACAGAAAUGAAUUGAAAUCGAUUCUAAGAGCCGAACUUGACCAAAAAGUUCUAGAUGUGUUAGCCACAAGGUAUUGGAAAGAUGAUAACCUUUUUGGUCUAUCCUCUUCCAAAAUGGAAAGUGACACUGAUAUGCUAUACUGGCAUAAAAAAUUAGAGCUAGCUUCAUCCGGAUUAACCAAAAUGGGUAUUGGUAGACUAUCUACAAUGUUAACUACUAACGCAAUCUUGAAAGAGCUAGACAACAUUUUAGAAUCUACGCAAUUGAAAAACCAUGAAUUGAUCAAAGACCUUGUCAGUAAUACAGCAAUUAACGUUUUAAACAGUAAAUACUAUUCAACGGCCGAUCAAGUUGAAAACUGUAUCAAGCCUUUCAAAUAUGAAAUUGAUCUGGAAGAAAGGGACUGGAGUCUUGCUCGUCAACAUUCUAUCAAUUUAAUGAAGGAGGAAUUACGUCAAUGUAAUUCCAGGUAUCAGGCUAUUAAAAACGCUGUUGGCGGUAAGAAAUUAACAAACGUCAUGGGCUAUUUGGAAAACGAAUCGAACUCGCAAAAGGAGACGCUCGGUAUGUCUAAAUUACUAUUAGAAAGAGGUUCUGAGGCUAUUUUUCUAGACAAAAGGUGUAAGGUGCUAUCGUUCAGACUAAAAAUGUUGAAAAACAAAUGCCAUUCAACUAUUGAAAAGGACCGUUGUCCAGAAGUGUUUCUAUCCGCAGUUAGUGACAAGUUGACUUCUACAGCGGUUCUAUUCCUCAAUGUUGAAUUACUGAGUGAUUUUUUCUAUAACUUUCCUAUCGAAUUGGACAGGAGGUUGACGUUGUUGGGUGAUGAGCAGGUAGAAAUGUUUGCUAAAGAGGACCCAAAGAUUUCAAGACACAUCGAAUUACAGAAGAGGAAGGAAUUACUAGAACUAGCUUUAGAGAAAAUCGAUUCUAUUUUGGUCUUCAAGAAAAGCUAUAAGGGCGUUUCCAAAAAGUUGUGA